UUUUGGCAUGUUGUUUAUGUGUAUUCAAAACAGAAAGUGAAUUAUAAAGACGUAAACUUGUUGAUGUGGUUUGAAAGAGUUAGCUAGUUUUUCUUUGAUUUCUAAUGGUUUACAUUUCCAGAAGGAGACUCCAAAUACCUGUAAGCUUUGAUCACUCGCCCUUGUGUACUUUGGAAGGAUGAUACAUCAGGAGGAUUGCUCUUGUUACUGACGUCGCAUGUAUUCAAAGGAGUAGUUUAGCCGGUUUCCUUCGGGCAGUUUCGCGACGUUACAGAUUCCAAGUUGAAUAGUGCCCCGUAAUCGAUAAAUACAGCGAAACACUAACUUUUACUUCAAUGCAGUUGCUCUUUGAAGCUGUAGAAAGUCCAAAGGUGAAACAAUUACGAUGUUCAAAAAUGCUGAUCUGCCAUGUUACAUUUAAGUGAUAGCAGGGAUCAAAAUUGUUGAUAAAGACGGACACUUUAAGGUUAAAUUACAAAAUAAAUUAUUGCCCGCAAAUUGUCCAAAUGCCGUGAUUUCAGAUCAUAUUCUAACAAUAUACUGAUAAAAUUUUCCACAUAAACACGUUUAAAAUGAAUUAGUUAUGGAAUUUGCGUUUCGACUUCGUCUCAUCAGAAUCCGGCACUAACUUAGUAACAGGAGUAAGCUCCUUCUUUACGGGACAUCACGCAUUUUUCGUGUUUUGGAGAUAGCGUCAAUCCGGCGUUUGUUCAAAUACCUGAUAGUUUGCGUAUGUGGUAACGGGAAUAUCUUUUAAAAGUAUUUGGAUUAUUCUAGAAGUGUUAUGGUACCAUUACAUUUUGAUUAGAUUAACCAGUUUGUGAAAAAACACAGUGUCUAUCUUACCAACCGUGUCCAUGUAACAACGUACAUUACCCUACCAGGUAACUCCAGCUUUCCUCGGAAUUUAUCACCAGAAAUUAGUAGGACAGUACUAAAAAUGGAGUUAAUUCGACUGCUAGACGUAUGUCGACUGUGUUUGAAACAAAGUUCUACAAACCUCAACAUAUUCUCGGACAGCAACGUUGAGGACAAAAUCGUCAAGGUGUUCAAAUUUGCGUUGCAACAAAAUGAACAUCUCUCAAAGCUUGUUUGUUUGGCCUGCUACGAAUGCAUCUUCCGCUUCUACGAUUAUUCAGAAUCGGUUCAACAAAAUCAAACCUACUUGGAUGGGUUGUUGAGCAAAGACACGCAGCAUGAGGUGCCUAAACCAGCGCUGGUUAUCCCUGUGACUGAUGUUACUGAUAGUAAUGCAACCACAGCAGCAGGUGCCAUUCAAUUCAACGUUCACAUACAAACAGACAUACGUUCCACGCAAGAGCCCAUCCCAGAGGAAGAAACUGAUGAGCUGGGAGCCUCCGAACCAGACAGACCAAAACCGGUCAGACAAACGAAGGGAGAUCAGCUGAUCAAGGAGUACGUUUCGUUGUCUUGUGAAAUGUGCGCCGAAGCAACGUCACCCAAAUUUGACAACUUUAAGCUACUACAAGAUCACUACCAGCAGUGUCACCUCAUGACCGGUUAUGCCAGCUGUUGCGACAGAAAAUUUACUCGAAAGGAUCGACUCAUUACCCAUAUAAUGAAUCACAUCGAUCCGAAUGCGUUCAAGUGUGCCGUAUGUGAUCAUUCCAGUAAAAGCCGAUCUUUGCUUAAGAUACACAUGAAACAACAUCUGGGCAGUAUAGAACGCAGAUUUGCCUGUGGCAAAUGCGAACAGACCUUCGUUCUGCGAUCGCAGCUCGUCAACCACGAGGCAAGUCACCUGGACGAUUGCGACAAAAAACACGUGUGCGAAGAGUGUGGCAAGGCAUUUGCUCUGCGAUUUGUCCUGGCUAGACACAAACUUCUCCACUCGUCUACUGAAAAAGAAUUUGUAUGCGAAAUCUGCGCCAAAUCGCUCUCAUCAAAGGCAAGCCUGAAAGCUCAUAUGGACAGCCACGGUGAUGAGGCACAGCCCAAACUGAAGUGUCCCGUUUGCUCGAACUGGUACAAAAACGCAGAAACCUUGCGAACGCAUGCCCGCGUACGACAUCGAGAUCAACGGGUGCACCGAUGUGACGAGUGUGGGAAAAAUUUUCCCACUAAAAGUUCUCUAUCGGCGCACGUCAAGUACGUUCAUUUGAGGGAAAUGAAUUUCGGAUGUGAGCAGUGCGAUAAAAAAUUUCGAAAGAAGGUGGAACUGAAGGAACAUAUGGCACGAGCUCAUAGUGGCAAAUCGUUGUAUCAAUGCGAAUUCUGCACCAAAAGCUUCUCGUGCAGCUCGAAUUAUUUUUCACAUAGAAAGAAUAAACACCCCAAGGAGCAUGCGAACAAGUAGAAAAAUCAACCCUUGUAAUACUAAUUCUUCCGUGCAUUUAUUUGUUAUAUACCUUCAUGAGGAGAAAAGGCAAAUUUGAAUAAAUUGUCCAACUGUACAAAGAAGAAAUCAAAGUUUAGU